AUGCCUCCAAGAAAAUAUCCUUCUGGAUAUGAUAAACGCAUGAAAAAAAGAAAAAUUGAACAAUUUGUCCAAACUCAAAGUGGAGCGCUUGAUAAAUUUAUUGUUAGAGAAACACAAGAUUUAGUUGAAAAUGAUAACAUUAAUGAUUUGGGCUUGAAUGAGUAUGAGAAUGAAAAUGUUGAUGAUCAAAACAAUGAAUUUGAUAAUCAAUCCAUGCUCAUGAAUUUGAAUAUUUAUGAUCCAAGAACUUGGGAUAAUUUGGACACAAAAUCUAGAGAUAUAUUAGUGAAAAAUGGCCCUAUAAGAGAUCUAUUAGUUGAAAAAGGUCCUAAAGAUAAAUUAGGAAGAUGUUUUUCUUCGGCAUUUUACACUAGACAUUUAUCAAAUGGAGAGAAAUGUGAUAGGGAAUGGAGAUCCAAGCGGCCAAGUGGGUCUUACAUUUUCGGUGCUGCCGUUGCCGUAGUGUCGUGCUGCCGCUUUGUAUUCUUCAGCCGGAGCUGUUCAACAGAUAAACGCAAGAAAAAAAGAAAAAUUGAACAAUUUGUCCAAACUCAAAGUGGAGCGCUUGAUAAAUUUAUUGUUAGAGAAACACAAGAUUUAGUUGAAAAUUCAAUUGAAAAUGAUAAUAUUAAUGAUUUGGGCCUGAAUGAGUAUGCGAAUGAAAAUUUGAAUCAUAAUGAAAAUGAUAAUGAAAAUGAGAAUGAAAAUAUUUUAGGCAAUGAACAACCUAAUCAGUCCAUGCUCAUGAAUUUGAAUAUUUAUGAUCCAAGAACUUGGGAUAAUUUGGACACAAAAUCUAGAGAUAUAUUAGUGGAAAAUGGCCCUAUAAGAGAUCUAUUAGUCGAAAAAGGUCCUAAAGAUAAAUUAGGAAGAUGUUUUUCUUCAGCAUUUUACACUGGGCAUUUAUCAAAUGGAGAGAAAUGUGAUAGGGAAUGGUUAGUUUAUUCAAAGGAUAUCGAUAAAGUAUUUUGUUUUUGUUGUAAACUGUUUAAAAAUGGUUUUAAGAAAAGUUUUUUAAUAAAUGAAGGAUUUAAUGAUUGGAUGCAUCUUAGUGCUAGGCUUAAAGAACAUGAAACAACUAAUGAGCACAUCAUUAACAUGAGUACUUGGCUUGAUUUACGCAUAAGAUUAAAGAAUAAUAAAACAAUUGAUAAAAAUAUUCAAGAGCAAAUUAAUAAAGAGAAGGAACAUUGGAAGAAAGUAUUACAAAGAAUAAUUUCUGUUGUUAAAUAUCUUGCUAAACAUAACUUGGCAUUUCGAGGCACAAAUGAGAGAAUUUAUCAAAAUCAUAAUGGAAAUUUUUUAGGCCUAAUUGAAAUGAUUGCAGAAUGGGAUCCCGUAAUGCAAGAACAUGUUCGACGUAUUGACCAUGGUGAAAUUCAUUAUCAUUAUCUUGGUCAUAGCAUUCAAAAUGAAUUGAUAAGUAUGUUAGCUUCUAAAAUCAAAUGUGCAAUAGUUCAAAAAAUUAAAGAAGAUAAAUAUUUUUCAGUAAUACUUGAUUGCACUCCGGAUGCUAGUCACCAAGAACAAAUGACUUUAAUAUUACGAUGUGUCGAUAUUUCUACAAGCCCGAUAAAAAUAGAAGAAUUUUUUAUAGAAUUUUUAAAAGUAAAUGAUACAUCUGGACAAGGGCUUUUUGAAGAAUUACAAAAUGUGCUAAAAACUCUUAAUCUUGAUAUUGAUAAUGUACGAGGUCAAGGGUAUGAUAAUGGGUCUAAUAUGAAAGGGAGACACCAAGGUGUACAAAAAAAAGUACUUGAAAUAAAUCCUAGAGCAUUAUACACGCCUUGUGGUUGUCAUAGUCUUAAUUUAACACUUUGUGACAUGGCAAAUUGUUGUGGUAAAGCAAAAGACUUUUUUGGAGUGAUACAACGUAUUUAUACAUUAUUUUCUCACUCAACAAAGCGAUGGCAAAUUUUGAUAAAUAAUAUAAAAGGUUUAACUGUGAAGCCAUUGUCAGCUACACGUUGGGAAAGCCAUAUUGAAAGCGUUAAAGCAAUUAGAUUCCAAACGCUUGAAAUAAGAGAAGCACUACUUCAGUUAGCAGAAACUGAUAAUGACUCCAAAAUAAGGAGUGAAGCAGAUUCUUUAGCAACACAUGGAAUUGGAAAUUUUGAAUUUUUAUUAAGUAUGAUUAUUUGGUAUGAUAUAUUGUUUGCUGUUAACUUAAUUAGCAAAUAUUUACAAUCUAAAGACAUGCUUAUUGAUAUUGCUAUAGAUCAAGUAAAAGGAUUGAUUAGGUUUUUUGAGGAGUAUAGAGAAGUUGGGUUCACACAAGCUAUGACAAUUGCUAAAGAAAUUGCUACUGAAAUGGAAAUUGAUUCUGUAUUUCAAGUAAAACGUCAAAUCCGUAGAAAAAGACAAUUUGAUGAGAAUGUUAAUGAGGAGACAACACAAUCAGCUGAAGAAUCUUUUAGAAUCAAUUAUUUUUUGUGUAUUGUAGAUCAAGCUAUUGGUUCACUAAAGAAAAGGUUUGAGCAAUAUAAAGCAUAUGAAGAUAUUUUUGGAUUUUUGUUUGGUUCAGAAAAGUUAAACUCAUUAGAUGAUAAUAAUUUGAAAGCAUGUUGUGAUAAUCUUGAAAUUGUUCUAAAAUAUAAAACAUUUUCUGAUCUUGAUGGGAAAGAUUUAUAUGGAGAACUAAAAAUCUUACGAUAUAUUUUACCAAAAGAAACAAAGAUGGCUAUUGAUAUACUGAAUUUCUUAAAAAUACGAAAUUGUUUUCCAAAUGCAUGUAUUGCUUAUAGAAUAUUAUUGACUAUACCUGUUACAGUCGCAUCUGCAGAAAGAAGUUUUUCAAAAUUAAAAUUAUUAAAAUCUUAUUUGAGAUCGACCAUGUCACAAGAAAGACUGAAUGGACUAGCUUUGAUAUCUAUUGAAAAUGAUUUUAUAGAUAAAAUUGAUGUUAAGGGCUUAAUUAGUGAUUUUGUAGCUAAAAAUGCAAGGAGGACAAUUUUUCGAUGA